AAUUUGUUGAAUAUUUUGUAAAAUAAUAAACAAAUCAAUUGUCACAACAAUUAUCACAACAAUUAAGUUUAAUAUCAAUUAUAUACUGAAGACAUGUCUACAAACACUACUCAAGUGAACAAUACAACCGACAAGAAGAAAGGACCCAAAAAUUGGGAUCAAAUUGUCAAAGAUAUUGAGGCUGAAGAAGAAGAGGAGAACAAAAAAGGUGAGGGAAGUGUUGAUGAACUCUUCAAACAGAUCUAUGCAAAUGGCAGUGAAGAAGUGAGACGAGCAAUGAAUAAGAGCUUUCAAGAGAGCGACGGAACAGUUCUGUCGACCAAUUGGUCAGAAGUCAGCAAAUCUAAAGUCGAUGUCAAACCACCCGAAGGUUGUGAACAUAAAGAGUGGAAUUAAUGAGUGAUUAAGACAUUACUUACCAUUGAUGUCAAUACCCAUUGUUUGUCUAAUAUUUAU